UCUGUACUGAGUAGCCGCCAUGAAGACUAGGAGAAGUUGGCCCCUGCCAUUUGGAAGUGUGUGUCAUUCUGCCACGUUUUUAAUUUCUGCCCCUGUCUGAUGUGUCUGCUCGCUCUCUUCACCCUCGUGUCUUUCUCCUCCCCAGAUGACCGGUUGGCUGGAAUCCCCCCACACAUCCUCCACAGCUCCCCUUCCGACCAGCAGAUCAACCAGCUGGCCCAGAGGCUGGGCCCCGAGUGGGAGCCCGUGGUGCUGUCUCUGGGGCUGUCCCAGAUUGACAUCUACCGCUGUAAGGCCAACCAUCCCCACAAUGUUCAGUCCCAGAUGGUGGAGGCCUUGGUUCGCUGGAGGCAGCGCUUCGGGAAGCAGGCCACCUUCCAGAACCUACACAGGGGUCUCCAGGCCGUGGACGUGGACCCCUCGGUGCUCCAGCACAUGUUGGGAUGAUGGCGCCCCGUCAGCACCUGGGGAGUCCAUCCCCUAGUCUCGUGUGCCGAAUCCUGACUCUCACCCAGUGCAGGUAGAUUUGGGGGGACUGGUUUGUUUGUUUUAGUGAUUUCUUAGAUGAAAGGAGAUAAUGGGAUUUCCACUUGACAUUACUUGAAAGGUGGGAUUACUCAGUUGAUCUCCCAUGGUGAUUUGACAAUUCAUUGUUUCUCAUUGCUCGGAGAUUACAUUAUUUGAAUUGUGCAGGUUUUAAUUGUGUGGUUGCCAUUUAAUAGACUGGUAGAUCCUAGUGGCUCCAAAAAAUACAGGUUAUAAAGCAGAAACUAACACACCAUUGUAAAGCAAUUCUACUCCAAUAAAGAUGUAAAAAAAAAAAAUACAGGUGUUCUAUAUAUAAAACAUCCACUUUUAUGUUGCCUGGGAACUGAACUGUGGACUUAGCUAUCAAUCAUGAUGUUAAUAAUAAAAAUUGAAUUGCUGUA